GGCCGAUCUUAUGCAGUUGUUUUGAAAACAGUUUGACCUUGAGCUGCAGUUUAUUUCAGGUCCCUGCGUAGUACUCUAAGGUGCUUAAUUUUGGUAUCAUAUUUCUGCAUUUAUUCAUGUUUAACUCAUCGAAUUGAUGUCACCAGCUCGGGCCGCUUCUGCUAUUAAGGAGGUCAUAAAUUUUAAAAAUGCGAAAAGGACAUCUUUUCUCCUGAUGAUCAUAGUAUCCAUCUAUCAUGGAUUUUUAAUGACGAAAUCAGGUGGUAAUCUAUGCAAAUCUUUACUCAGUGAUGGCAGGUCAGGACCUAGUGGAGAAUUUCGACCAUAUAGUUGUAUGAUACAUACUUAUUUGUCGAGAGAUAGCCGCAAGUGCUUCAAGCGACUCGCACCGUGGGCCGAUGUAGUUCGGUUGUAUUUUGUUGGAGACUCAAGACUAAAGAAGCUUUUUAAAGCCUUUGCUUACCACAUUAACGAUGAAACUUCCAGAGAAAAUAUUACAUCGGAAACUGGCACCACCGAGAAUGUUCAAUAUGUUAGUGGAGAAGUUGAUUUGCGCUUUUUCUAUCAUGAGGAGAUUACAGAGGAUACAUUAGAUCUGUUUAAAUCAUGGAUCGGUUCAGCGAAUCUGUCUUAUGUAACAGAACCAAAUGUAAAAAGUAAUAAGGCGAAUCAUGUCUCUACACCUACACACUUAGUAAUUUCUCUGGGUACAAAAACAAUACAACGUUAUAAUCAAUCAGAAAAUGGACUUUUAGACUAUAUGAAUGGAAUUAAACGUCUUGCUAAUGUUCUUGAAGAAUUGAAAUUUGCACGUAGUGUUUGGAUGUUACAGGAUCCUGUGGCAGAAAGUCUUUUAUCAAAAGAACUAAAAAUUAUUACAAAUGAUCUGAUAGAUAAAUAUAAUGAAGUGGCAUCAACAGCUAUGAAAUCUGUAACCGGUGUAGAAAUAUGGAGUUCAAAUCGUCUUAUUGCAUUAAAAGUUGGCUUUCCAACUAUUAACUGGAAUUGUCGCCAGUUACAAACCUUAUCUACAAGUAUAAAUCAUUUGGAUAAAAUAAAUACUGUUACAUCAUCAUUAGAGUAUAAAGAUAGUACUUCGUCUACUAAUGUAUGCAUGGAUAUGCCAAUACUGUCGGAUGGAUAUCAUGUGUCAGAUAAAGCAAUGAAAGAAAAUGUACAAAUCUUGUUGAAUCUGUACUGUAAUAAUCAAAUGAAGUUCUCUGAUGGUACUUGUUGCCGUGGUUCAGAGCCUAUCACACCGGUACAAGAAAAAUGUUUUAUAUUUUAUGCUAUUUGUGUGUUAAGCACAUUCUUGUGCUUCCUUUACAGUCAAUUUUUCUCUCGUGGUAAACCAUGGAUUCAGUGGAAGAAUUUUCGUAGAACAAUCAUAUCAGUGUUUUAUAAAAGAAAAAAUGAAACAACACAACCAUACAUUCCAGUUGAAAAUAAUUCAUUAAAUACUACUGGUUGUCAUGACAAUCAUGGUGACAAUGGUCAUGACAUGAAUAACAAUAAUAAUAAUAAUAAUACUAACAAUAACAGUGGUAACAAUAGCAAUAAAGAUGUCGAUAAUAAUGACAAUGAUGAUAGUAAUGAUAAGCAUAAAGAGAAUACCGAUUCAUUUUUUAUUGAAUUCUAUGAAUUAACUAGUGCUUUGUCCAAAUUUGGUGCUAUCAUGGUAUACUUUUUCAUCUGUGACAGGACAAUAUUAUUCAUGAAAGCGAAUAAAGGUUAUACGAAUAUGAGUUUUCUCCUGCCUAUUAUCUAUUGUUUUGUAUUAGGCCUUUUCUUUAGUGGACCUACUAAACGUACUAAAGUCAACCAUCUUGAUAUAACACGUGAAUGGAAAGGAUGGAUGCAGUUGUAUCUUUUAAUUUAUCAUUUCACUGAUUCUUAUAGAGUAACUCCAAUAUUUAUGUCAGCUCGUCUAGUGGUUUCAAGUUAUCUAUUUCUAUCAGGAUAUGGUCAUUUCUCUUAUUUCUGGCGUCAAUCUGUACCGCAAAUUAGUUGGCUAAAACUACUGAAUUACCAUCGUUGUUCUCGAGAAUUUUGUACCGCAUGGAAAGCACUCUGGCAAAUAUUACAUCGAUAUUUGAUUGUAAUUUAUCGUUUUAAUUUUUUUGUCUUUGGCUUAUGCUUAAUUAUGAAUCGUGGUUAUCUAGCCUAUUAUUUCAUUCCAUUAGUAUCAUUUUGGUUCACUGUUGUACUCAUUGUAUGCGUUAUAUUUCCACGUGUAUCUGGUCAACAAAUCUCUGGUAAUUAUAAAAUGCAUGAAGCUGAUAGCAGUACUCCUAAUAAUGACAUUACCAAUAAUAUUAACAACAAUAACAACAGCAAUAAUAAUAAUAAUAUUGACAAUAAUUCUAAUCGUUCAGAUACUAUGAAUACUAAUUCGACGACAAUAACACUGACAUCCGUUUCGUCUACAAUAACUACUGCAGACAAUUACAUGAAUAACAAGUGUGAUGAUGCUUUGACCAACAUUGAUAAUAACAGAAAUUACUAUUACUACAACAACAGCAAUAACCAUACUAAUGAUAAUCAUUAUUAUUCCUCCUUUCAUCAGUACUUGCCUCCAGUCAAUCAUAAUCAGUAUCUGCCUAAUCAAUUCACCGAAUCAGAUGAUGAGGUGUAUUUCUCCAAGUCAUCAGAAAAAUCAUCUUUAUUGUUAUUAAAACCAGCAUUGGUGCCUCCUCCAUCCACCUCUUCCUCCUCCCCCUCGUCCUCUGUCUCUUCAACAUCCUCCACACCACCACAGAAUUUAAGAAGUACUGUGGCAAAGAAUAAAAUCCACUGUCUUCCUUACUCUUCUCCUUCAACAACUACACUUCGUUCAUCUAUUAAUUAUAAAGGUCAUCAAAAAGCUUUAUCACUUGGUACAGGUUUUGAUUUAUGCCAAAAUUAUACAAAUGUUGUCAAUGCGAAUGCCUAUACAGGAGCAACAUCAGCGUCUUCUGAUAACUAUCAUGAUCCGUAUAAUAAUAAUAAUAAUAUGCCAACAUCAGAUCGUAUUGGCUUAUUAUCUCAUAAUGAUGAAAUUAGUAAACGAUCUGUUGGGCAUAGACUGCAUCGAUCUAUGGUGAAAUCACGUGGUCGUCAUGGUCCACCGUUAACAGAAGAUUUAAUGCGUAAAUUUCAGUGUAUUGUUAUCCCACUGAAGAAACAAACUAAACAUAUGCAUAAAAAGCAUAUUAUGUUAAUGAAUCAAAAACUGCGUCAACCAAUUGAAUCAUCUAAAAGUUGGAUAUUAUAUUAUUUGCAUUCAAAAUUAUGCAUUCAUUGUAGUCGUAUACGCUUGGUAUAUUUAAUAAUGAUUAUAAAAUUUAUCAUAUUAUUAUGCUUUAUUGAAGUAUUAUAUCGUUCAAGAGAAUGCUUCAAUUGGUUAUUCUUUUCUGGACCACAAAAAUAUUUAUUCCAGUAUAAUCAUGAACAAACAACAAAUACACAGAAUGCUGUACAACAUGAAGAAAUUGUCGACAAUCAACAAACAUGGUUUUAUCGUUGGUCAAUGGAUCGUUAUUCAGCUAUUUAUGGUAUGAUAUUUGCCUUUGUAUGUGAAUCAUUACGACAAAUUGGUGUAUUAAAAGAUGGUGAAGAGGACUAUGCGAAUUCAUCUAUAAUCUUACCAUUACAUCGGAAUAGUUGCAGCAGUAAUAGUAGUAGGAGUAGCAUUGGUAGCAAUGAUAAUAAUAAUAAUAAUAGUAGUAUGCAUAGUAACACUAAUAAUACUGAAAGAGGUUAUGUACAAAAAUGGGAGACUGGAAAUAAUUCAAUCUAUUAUAACACUACUCCUCCUCCUACUACUACUACUGAUAAUUAUAAUAAAAGUAGUUAUUGUACAAGAUCAAAUUCACUAUUCAACAGUCAAUAUACAAAUCAUAUAAAACAAGAACAAUCACAGCAACAAUCUCAACAACGAAGACAAACGGAAGAAGGGGAGAAAGGCAGUAGAGAAAGCAGAAAUACAAGACAAGUGGAUUUCAACAAUUCAUCUGUCACCUCUACUACUGCUGCGACUAUCACUGUUAAUAAUAACAAUAAUAAUAAUGGCAAAUAUCAGAUGAAGAAUUCUUGUUCAUUAUGUGAAUUUCUAUGCAAAUGCUUCUCAUCAUUGGGUUUAACUAUACUCGGUAUUUUUGGCUUAUUGUUUGCUUUAAUCUAUGUAUUUGCUUGUUCAAAUCGUGAAACAUGCUUACACAUUCAUGCUUAUGUUUGCCUUAUUCCUAUUAUAUCCUAUAUUCUUGUGAGAAAUAGUUUCAGUUCAUUUCGUAGAACGUACAGCAUAUUUUUUGCUUGGAUUGGUGAUAUGUCAUUAGAAUUAUUCAUUGCUCAAUAUCAUAUAUGGUUAUCAGCUGAUGCCUAUGGAAUACUUGUUCUCCUACCAGGUUUUCCAUUAAUUAAUUUAUCUGUCACAUCAUUUAUUUUUAUAUGUAUUUGUCAUGAAGUGCAUACAUUAACACGUCGAUUACAAAAUUAUGUCAUACCAAAUUCACCAUUAAAACUUAUCCGAAAUGUAUUAAUAUUUACAUUAGUAUUUCAUUUAAUCACUAAUUCAACAUCACAAAUGUUACAAUGGGAUUUUUUGUAAAUUUACUUGCCUUGUUUGCUUUCUUUCUUUUAUUCGUCUACUUUCUCAUUUUCCUUUUUAAUUUACUUAGUUUCAUGAAUGUUUUCUUCUAAGUAGUGUCUAGUGUGUGCAUUGAAUUGUAUGUUAUCUAUUUUAGUUUUGCAUUCUGUUUACUGAGAAUUCUUUUUUCUUAAAAUGUUUGUGUGUGUCUGUCUGUGUUUUUAUAUGUACAUAUACACUAUAAAUACUAGUCAACAUUUAUAUAUGUAUUUACACUACAAUACAAUACAUAUCAUAUAUGAAUUAAAUGCAUUAUUUUCUUUUCCCUUCGGUUCUCAGUGGAAUAUGAGGCUUUAACAAUACACCGAAUAUCUCAGUGGUAACGUCUCUGACUGC